AUGGAAACUGAGUUAUUACCAAAUGUACGUGGAACUGUUCAAUCACUUCGAAAUAUGUGGAGUGAAAAAGUACAAGACGAACAAAAAAUAUUGAAACAAAAACCACACGGAUGUGGAUUAAAUUCACAACAACCACAGAAAAAAAUAAUCAAGGACGAUAUUAAAUCUCCUGCAAGUACGGAAACAACAAACAUUGACGAGCAACCAAAAAUUAUGGUUUAUGUUGAAAAAUCAUCCGACAUUGUACUAAGUGAAAAAUCAUCAUCAUCAAACAACGAUGCGGACGAGAUUUUAUCCCUUCCUGCACCACCAACAUCUGUUAUUUUUCAACAUCAAACACAAUCACUUAUUACACUUGAGCAAAGUGCUAUGGAAUUUUUUGAUAUCGAUAAAACUAAAGCUCAUGAUAGAAACAUCAAAACUGGUGGUAUUCGUCAUUGGCAUUUAGCUCGUCACGUAUUUCGAAGUGGCCUUGUAUUUAGUUCAUCAAGGCGUGCAUCGGAUAGUAUUAUUCCGUUAUUAAUGAAAACAAGAAACGCCCAAUGUCGUCUUAGAGCAGAAAGUGUCGAUAGUACUCAAAUUCAAACACAAUUUCAAAAUCUAAUUGAUUAUAUUUCAUAUAAUAAUGAUGAAAAUAUAAAUUCAUCAGACAAGAAAAUAAUCGUCAAACGUACAACAUCAGAUACAACUGCUUGUAUACAAAGAAAUAAAUUAAAUGAUACUAUUGCUCAGUAUGAAACAAUAAUGCGUCAUUUAAAAAACUAUGAUAAAUUUACGGCAACAUAUCCAAUAUCGUCACCAUCAUUAUUAGCAAGUAGUAAACCAACAAAUAAAAAAGAAAUAUUGAAGAAAACGGAAGAGUAUUUUCAACAAAAUUCAAUUAAUAAAUCAUCAACCCGAAAUACACAAACGCAAUCGUUAGCAAGAAGUGCUGGACGUACAUUUACAGAAUUCAUUAUGAAUGAUCUUUUGUCAGCGAAUACAUCUAAAGCAUCAUCCAAUGUAGAAACAUUUCCUAAAAUUGCUGAUACUGCAUCACAAACUGAAUCAAUACCAUUAAUUGAAACAGACGAAUCAAUUCAUUCAGAAGAAACACAUCAAGUUAUCAAAGAAUUUAAUAAUGCUCUUAUUGAAUGCGAUUCCGAAAUUCCAAUAACUGCUAACAGUGAAAUUAAUGUUAUUAUUGUUAGUCCUGUUGAUACGCUAGCGCCAGCUAUUAUAUUACCUGAAGAGCAGCCACUUAUGCAACGUUUAUUCGAAGGAAAAAAGAGUGCAUAUUCACCCGAUGAUCUUAACAUGGAAACACAGCGAAUACCCGAAGAAUUGAUGAGCACAUUUAAAAUUGCAACGAAAAAAUGUUUUCUACCAUCAGAACAAAUUCUAUAUGCAACGAAAAUGAUUAAAAUCGAUCGUCGAGGCUACAAGCAGCGUCUUCGAAUUCUAUGUAUAACAACGCAACGAGUUUAUAUAAUAACAAAAAAGAAUCCAUAUCCAAAAGAACAUAUUUUAUUCAAAGAUAUGCUUGGUAUUAUUUGUACACCAUGUAAAGAUGGUUUUAUAUGCGUUAAAACACGAGAAAUGCGUGAUGAUCGAGGGGAUUGGCUCUUUCUGGUUGAUCAUCCAUGCGAAGUUGUGACACAGAUGUUUAUAGCCAUGGGAAGAGAUGAUAAUAAUGAUAAGUACCUCAAACUUGAAUCCACAUUUCGACAUACGCGCCGAAGCACAGGCACAUUCAGUGACGAUGGUACAAUCGAAGCUCGUCCAUCCGAGACAUUUCGUAUUGAAUAUGAAAAUUACGAAGUUUUAGUUAUCUAUACACCGUGA